UGCCACACACAAAAUGGUGGAUGCUUCGACGCUAACGGUACUGUGGAAUUCUGUCAGAGUGAGACCUCGUCUUUCCGCCGAGUUAAUAUCGGAGUGAGACCUCUUCUUUGUCCUGGGAUAACAGGACAGUCCCACCAGCACACCUGAAGCCCAGCUUUUUGUUUUCUCCCGCCAGCAGCGUCAUGUUUGCGGUCAGAAACGCUCUCCGCCUCGGCUCCAGGUUAUCCGUCCCCACUGCGGCGCGGAGGGGAUGUUCCGGUGCUGCUAUCCAGGUGGAUGACGUGGUGAACGGACUCACGGAGGAGCAGAUACAGCUUAGGCACACAGUUCGUAAAUUCUGUGCAGAGAAACUUGCACCUUAUGCUGAUGAGAUUGACAAGAAAAAUGAGUUCCCAGGAAUGCGGGAUUACUGGAAAGCAAUGGGGGAGAUGGGACUGCUGGGCAUUACUGCUCCAGUGGAAGACGGGGGAACGGGACUGGGCUACCUGGACCACGUCAUCGUCAUGGAGGAAAUGUCUCGGGUGUCGGCAGCCAUCGCUCUCAGUUAUGGCGCCCACUCCAAUCUCUGUGUCAACCAGAUGGUGCGUCACGCCAACCCGAAGCAGAAGGAGAAGUACAUGCCAAAGUUGCUGACAGGUGAACACGUUGGAGCGCUGGCCAUGAGCGAACCUAACGCUGGAUCCGACGUCGUCUCCAUGAAACUCAAAGCUGUUAAGAAAGGUGACUAUUACGUUCUAAACGGCAACAAGUUCUGGAUCACCAACGGGCCGGAUGCCGAUGUCGUCAUCGUGUACGCCAAGACCGACCCGGAGGCGCAUCAGAAGGGAAUCACGGCUUUUAUUGUGGAAAAGGGAAUGCCAGGAUUUUCCACUGCGCAGAAACUCGACAAACUGGGAAUGAGGGGAUCCAGCACCUGUGAACUGAUCUUUGAAGAUUGUAAAAUCCCAGAGAAGAACAUUCUGGGUUCGCUGAAUAAAGGAGUUUAUGUGAUGAUGAGCGGCUUAGACAUGGAGAGGCUGGUGUUGGCUGCUGGACCUGUUGGCAUAAUGCAGUCCGUUCUGGAUGCUGCGAUCCCCUACUUACAUGUGAGAGAAGCAUUUGGGCAGAAGAUUGGACACUUUCAGCUGAUGCAGGGCAAGAUGGCCGACAUGUACACCAGACUGAGCUCCUGUCGGCAGUACCUCUACAACGUCGCCAGAGCUUGUGACAAAGGGCAUUUCAGUGCAAAGGAUUGUGCUGGAGUGAUUCUGUACUGCGCCGAGAAUGCCACUCAGGUUGCCUUGGAUGGCAUUCAGUGUUUAGGCGGGAACGGCUACAUCAACGACUAUCCGAUGGGGAGAUUCCUGCGAGACGCGAAGCUGUACGAAAUCGGGGCGGGAACCAGCGAAGUCCGCCGGAUCAUCAUCGGCCGAGCCUUCAACUCCAUGUUCAGAUAGACGCAGCAGUCGCUCGGUUUGUUGUUUGCAUCGUUUCUCACGCCCAGGACCUUACUGGAUGAGUUGUUGUUGUUUCCAUUCAGACGAUAAGCUGAUAAAUGAACAAAUUACAUAUUGAUCCUCGCCGAGCGGCCUUGAAGUUUUGCUAUGCUAGCUGCCUGUUAGCUGGAGGGAGAUGAUAAUAAUGUAAUGAACAGAUUCCCACAUUUCAAGCUUAAACUCUUACUCAAAACAAUUUGGAUAAAAUCAUCUUUAAUAGAUUAUUGAAGGUUUUCCCUAAGCUGAUUCUGUUAUUGAAUAUUUUUCUGUAAACAAAACACUGUCAAACAUAUUUUACUUUUUUGUCUGUGAAGAUUUUGUCUCUUCUUGAUUGUAGGUGUCAUCAUUAUGUAGAAGUGUAUGAACUAUACCAGGUUUGCAAUAAAUCAAUAAGUUUCUAACAUUUGUCUGUGUAACGCUGCAACACAGAUUCAAAUUAAGAUAAUGAAUGUCUGUGCCUGAAAAUAUUGAUUCAUUUACAAACUGUUAAAAUAUUAACAAAUAGCUGUCAAUAAGCAUCUCUUAAAAUUAAAUAAUAUUGAUCAGUCCCUUCAGGAUAUUAUGAACAAUCAAAAUUAUUGAUUUUGUAAGAAAAGAUAUUUGCGCUUAAAUAUGACGCUAAGAGUGAAAUUUUGACAUUAAGUCUGAGGCAGCAGAGUAGCAGAAGUAAGACAUACUGCCACCUGCAGGUGGGAGGUAGCAUUACAUAAACACAAUGUUUGUCACUGUUGUGGGAAAUAGUGACAAUUAUGCAUUAGCACCAAAAACUGCAGGAACUGAUAGAUGUAGCACCAUAUGGUUAAAAUCUUCUAUCUGAUGGAUAAACUACUAUUUAACCAAACCACUGUUUUAUUAGUGAGUAGAAUAAUCUCUAACUGAGGAGUUUUGAGUUUUAACUGAGAUAUUUGCCCCAGAAAAUACUUGGUAAGAGUUUGUUUUUGCAGAGUAAUAGUGUUUAAAAUGAAAUUUGAAAGGAAAAAAUCAUAAGCUAUAAAAAAAAAAUCUGUUACCAUUUCCGUCCCAUUUGGAUGUUAUUUAGAUUAUUUCACUUAAAAUUUAGGGAAAAUGUCUUGUUAUAAGUGAAAUAAUCAGCCAGUGGAACUAAUAGCAUGUAAAACAAGCUUGUAUAUCUUACUGACAAUAUACUUUUAAUUUAGUUUUUCAGUUUUAUCUUGUUUCAAGUGUACUAAGUACUUGGUAAAAUUUAGUGUUUUUGCAGUGUAAAAUGCAGUUACCAAGUUUUAUUUGAUUCCAAAUACGUUUUGACCUGAGUGUUGAUACUGGAUUGUUUUAUGGGCUAAAGCCUAAAUUACAGGCACAUAAAAAUCAAUCAUAACUGCUAAGUGAAUGUGGUGGAGUGGAACGGGAAAAUAUUUGUUCUUGAGAUUCGCCCGAUAAUGGUAAUAAUAAUAAAACACAUUAAAAGACUCCGUAGUUUUAAACAAGCAUUAAAGUAGUUUCUAUCCAUCAGCUGUUUUUUGGCACCGCUCAGUUUUCUGUGACGGAAACUGAAAGUUUAACUCUGCCUUCAUCUUUAAUUCUAACCCCAGAAAUGAAAGAGUGAAGUUUUGGUUCUGAUUAAAGGAAAGGCUGACUCUGAAACGCAGAAGCCUCUCUGCAUUGGAAACAAAAACUAAUAAAAAUGUGCUCAUGACGCCUCAGUGAGUGCUGAACACUCAGCCUCUUGUUUGCAGACAAGAGAGGAGACAGCAGUCCAGACAAUGGUGGAACCAUCCCAGCACAUUUGAAUAAUACAUGGAAACUCAGUUUCAGGCUGGAAACCCAACAAAUGAGGUUCAGAUGGUAAAAUCACUGAAAAGUUGCAGCUGGCAGAGCGAGUUAAAAUGAUUGAUGGUUUUUCUGCUGUGUUUUCAUGCAGCUUAAAACGAUUCCAAGCUGCAAACGGUAACAUCAGCAGCUUUAACAUGGAGACACGACAUAAUGGGCUGCGUUUACACUGCAGCCUGAAGUGACCCAAUUCCGAUUCUUUAAUUUUUUUGUCAAAUCGGGAUUUUUUUUGCCGCGGUAGUUCACAUUUACAACUAUAUGCGACCUCUACGUGAACUGCAAAUGACAUGAAAACGUCUCUCAUGCGCAGUAGAGGGCGCAAUAACGUCACACAUAGAGAGCCUGGUCACUGUUUUGCCAACUGCCAUCAGAAAAGAAGCGCUCUGAGUUUGCGAAAGUAAACAUGGAUGCUAACGGUGGAGCAUAGCUUACGAUUUCGAAGUUGAUGUCCGACCGCAGCCGUUGUUGUUUUCCUUCCCGCUUGCGCGUAUCGGGACGCAGAAUAGUGUCGUUUGUUGAGUAUCGAUGACGUUCAGGACCUGACCGUUAGGAUUCAGGUCCCAUUAGAAACGAUCGGAUACAUAUCGGAUAUCCAAGUGGCCUGGGUCGCAUUCGGAAGAAAUGCGGGCUGUCUUGUUCAGACCUUCAUGAAAAGAAGGUCAGAUAAAGGUCGCAUUAAGACAAAAAAAUCUGGAUUAGGUCACUUUCGGUGCGAAUUUCUUGUUCAGGACUUCUGUAGUAUAAACUACGGCUGAAACAAUCAGAUUAAUUGAUUUUUUUUAAAUAAUCGUCAAUUAAUUUAAUUAACUGGAGCAUAGAGAUUCUUGAAAAACCUAUUUUCUGAAACGUCACAUCCAGAGCAGUAAUUAAGCAAAAAAUGUAAACAUUUACAUUUAAGAUGAAAAGAAAAAUGUCUGUAAAUCUGUUAACUCCUCAAGUUGCAGUUUUAGCUUCACCUGAUUCAAAUUAUGUUUAAAAAAACUUUUAUUAAGAAUCUUUUGCUAUCAAAUUAUUGAUCUGUUAAUCAAAAAUAAUCAGAAAGAGCUGAGAUUUUCACAUAUUGAUGUUAGAAGUAGUUUUUAGCUGCAGAUGCAAACUUUGAUACAAAUGAUCACUAAACGAAUACUUUGUUAAUGCUGUUAGUUUUUCUUAUUUCAAAUGAAAUAAGAUGUUUACAUUAAGCUAGACCCAAAAAAAAGUAUUGAUUUAUUGAUUUAAGGGUCUUUUCACCAGGGGUUUCAGUAAGUGUGGAGGGGGUUGUGUUGCAGCUGAGCCCUCUAAAAAAUCUAUAAAAUCACCAAACUCUCCUAAAAUGUAAUGUUUUCUUGUCAUGACAAGGAUGCAGCUUCUUGUGUUUCAAAAUCAUCUGUCCAUGUAUUUAAAAUAUAUUUCUAUGUAGAAAAAUAAGUUGAUUUUGUUCAUUUUGGCUUUGGUUUUAUUUCUGCAUCAUUUACUUUGUCAUUUUCAACCACUGAUCCUCUCAUAUUGUCAAAAUGUUGCUUUAAAUGUUGCACUUUGUAGGAACGGUUGUCUCUGACUAAACAGGUGGUUUUACUAAAUGGUUUUAAGUUC